AGGUUCCAACAACAACCACAGCUGCACCUACAACUACAACAGUUGCUCCCACUACAGCCACAGCUGCCCCUACAUCUACAUCAGCUGCACCUAUGAUCUUAACAGAGGCUCAAACAACAGUAACAGCUGCUCCCACUACAACCACAUCUGCACCUACAACUACCACAGUCGCUCCAACAACAUCCACAACUGCACCUACAAGUAAAUCAAGUGCUCCCACUACAGCCACACCUGCCCCUACAACCACCACAGAAGCUCCAGCAACAACCACAGCUGCACCAACAACUACAACAGCUGAUCCCACUACAACCACAGCUUCUCCCAUAAUAACUACAGUGUCUUCAACAACAAUCACAGCUGUUCAAACUACAAAUUCUCCUACCAUUUCAACCACCACAGAACUGCCAUCUUCUACCACAAUUGCUUCUUCGACAAGCAUCACAAGUUUGACAUCAUCCGCCAUUCAAACCACUUCUGACAGCAUUAUGGCUCAAAUAACCACAGCGGCUACCAAAACUACUACUGCACCUACAACUACAACUGUCCCUGCAACUACCACAGAGGCUCCAACCACAACCACAGCUUCUCCCAGUACAACCACAGCUGCUCCCACUACAACCUCAGCUAACCCAACAACUACAACAGAGGCUCCAACAACAACAGCCGUUCCUACAACAUCAGCUGCACCUAUAACCGCAACAGAGGCUCCAACAACCAUGGCUGCUCCCACUACAUCCACAUCUGCUCCUACAACUACCAAAGAGUCUCCAACUACAACAACGGUUAAUCCCACUACAACCACAGCUGCACCUACAACUACAUCAGAGGCUCCAACAACAACAACAGCCAUUCGUACUACAAACACAGCUGAACCUACAACUGCUACAGCUGCCCCAACAACUACAACAGAGAGUCCAACGACAACAGCUGCUCCUACUACAGCCACAGCUGCAACUACCAAAGAGGCUCCAACAACAUCCACAGCUUCUCCCACUACAACCACAGCUGAACCUAAAACUGCUGCAGCUUCUCCUGACCUUACAGCUACAACAAGUGUCCCAACAACUACCACAGAGGCUUCAACAACGACCACAGCUAAACCAACAACAACCACAGCUGUUCCCACUUCAACCACAGCUUUUCCCACUACUACCACAGCCACCCCAACGACUAAAACAGAGGCUCCAAAAACGACCACAGCUUCACUUACAACUACAACAGCGGCUCCAACAACAACCAAAGUUUCUCCAACUGCAACCACAGCUGCCCAAACAACUACAACAGAAGCUCCAACAACAACAACGGCUACUCCCACUACAACCACAUCUGCACCUACAACUACCACAGAGUCUCCAACUACAACAACGGCUGUUCCCACUACAACCACAGCUGCACCUACAUCAGAGGCUCCAACAACAACAUCAGCUGCACCUACAACUACCACAGAGGCUCAAAGAACAACCACAGCUUCUCCCACUACAACCACAGAUGCUCCCACUACAACCACAGCUGCUUCCACUACAACCACAGAUGUUCCCACUACAACCACAGCUGCUCCCACUACAACCACAGCUGCACCCACUUCAACGACAGAUGCUCCCACUAUAACCACAGCUUCUCCCACUACAACCACAGCUUCCAUAACAACUACCACAGAGGCUCCAACAACAUCCACAGCUGUUCCCACAACAACCAUAGCUGCUCCCACUACAACCACAGAUGCUCCCACUACAACCACAGCUGCUUCCACUACAACCACAGCUGCUCCCACUACAACCACGGCUGCUUCCACUACAACCACAGCUGCACCCACUUCAAUGACAGAUGCUCCCACUGCAACCACAGCUUCUCCCACUACAACCACAGCUGCUCCCACUACAACCUCAGCUGCCCCCACAACUACAACAGAGGCUCCUACAACAACCACAGCUGCAUCUAUAACUACGACAGCUUCUCCCACUACAACCACGGCUGCCCCUACAACUACCACAGCUGCUCCCACUACAACCACAGCCGCCCCUACAACCACAACAGCUUCUCCCACUACAACCACAGCUACCACAGCUGCACCUGCAACUACAACAGCUUCUCCCACUACAACCCCAGCUGCCCCUACAACUACCACAGCUGCUCCAACAACAACCAUAGCUGCUCCCACUACAAUCACAGGUGCUCUCACUACAACCACAGGUUUUCCCACUACUACCAUUGCUGCUCCCACUUCAACCACAUAUUCUCUCACUACAACCACAGCUGCUCCCACUACAACCACAGCUGCCCCAACAACUACCACAGAGGCUCCAACAACAACCACAGCUGCACCUACAACUACAACUGCUCCCACUACAACCACAGCUGCCGCUACAACCACCACGGAGACUCCAACAGCUCCAACAUCUUCUCCCACUACAAACACAGCUGCUCCCACUACAACCACAGCUGUUCCCACUACAACCACAGCUUCUCCCACUACAACCACUGCUUCUCCCACUACAACCACAGCUGCCCCUACAACUACCACACCUGCUCCAACAACAACCACAGAUGCUCCCACUACAACCACUGCUUCUCCCACUACAACUACAACCACAGCUGCCACUACAACCACCACAGCUGCUCCCACUACAACCACUGCUGCCCCUACAACUACCAAAGCUGCUCCCAAUACAACCUCAGCUCCCCCAACAACUACAACAAAGACUCCUACAACAACCACAGCUGCAUCUACAACUACAACAGCUUCUCCCACUACAACCACGGCUGCCCCUACAACUACCACAGCUGCUCCCACUACAACCACAGCUGCCCCCACAACUACAACAGGGGCUCCUACAACAACCACAGCUGCACCUACAACUACAGCAGCUUCUCCCACAACAACCACAGCUGCCCCUACAACUACCACAGCUGCUCCAACAACAACCACAGAUGCUCCCACUACAACCACAGCUGCUCCCACUACAACCACAGCUGCACCCACUUCAACGACAGAUGCUCCUACUACAACCACAGCAGCUCCCACUACAACCACAGCUGCCCCUACAACUACAACAGCUAGUCCGAUUACAACUGCAGCCCCCCAUACAACUACCACAGCUGCUCCCACUACAAUCACAGCUGCCCCUACAACUACCACAGCUGCUCCCACUACAAGCACAGCUGCCCCUACAACCACCACAGCUUCUCCCACUAUAACCACAGCUGCUCCCACUACAACCUCAGCUGCCCAUACAACUACAACAGCCGCUCCCACUACAACCACAGCUGCCCCCACAACUACCACAGCUGCUCCCACUACAAUCACAGCUGCCCCUACAACUACCACAUCUGCUCCCACUACAACCACAGCUGCCCCUACAACCACAACAGCUUCUCCCACUACAACCACAGCUGCUCCCACUACAACCUCAGCUGCCCCCACAACUACAACAGAGGCGCCUACAACAACCACAGCUGCAUCUACAACUACCACAGAUGCUCCCACUACAACCACAGCUGCUCCCACUACAACCACACUGCCCCUUCAACUACAACAGGCUGCACCCACUUCAACGACAGAUGCUCCUACUACAACCACAGCAGCUCCCACUACAACCACAGCUGCCCCUACAACUACAACAGCUAGUCCGAUUACAACUGCAGCCCCCUAUACAACUACCACAGCUGCUCCCACUACAAUCACAGCUGCCCCUACAACCACCACAGAUGCCCCCACUACAACCACAGCUGCUCCGACUACAACCACAGCUGCGCCAACCACCACCCCAGCUGCCCCUACAACCACCACAGCUGCUCCCACUACAACCACAGCUGCCCCCACAACUACAACAGAGGCUCCUACAACUACAUCAACUGCACCUACAACUACAACAGCUUCUCCCACUACAACCACAGCUGCCCCUACAACUACCACAGCUUCUCCCACUACAACCACAGCUGCUCCCACUACAACCUCAGCUGCCCCCACAACUACAACAGAGGCUCCUACAACAACCACAGCUGCAUCUACAACUACAACAGCUUCUCCCACUACAACCACGGCUGCCCCUACAACUACCACAGCUGCUCCCACUACAACCACAGCCGCCCCUACAACCACAACAGCUUCUCCCACUACAACCACAGCUGCUCCCACUACAACCACAGCUGCCCCCACAACUACAACAGAGGCUCCUACAACAACCACAGCUGCACCUGCAACUACAACAGCUUCUCCCACUACAACCCCAGCUGCCCCUACAACUACCACAGCUGCUCCAACAACAACCAUAGCUGCUCCCACUACAAUCACAGGUGCUCUCACUACAACCACAGGUUUUCCCACUACUACCAUUGCUGCUCCCACUUCAACCACAUAUUCUCUCACUACAACCACAGCUGCUCCCACUACAACCACAGCUGCCCCAACAACUACCACAGAGGCUCCAACAACAACCACAGCUGCACCUACAACUACAACUGCUCCCACUACAACCACAGCUGCCGCUACAACCACCACGGAGACUCCAACAGCUCCAACAUCUUCUCCCACUACAAACACAGCUGCUCCCACUACAACCACAGCUGUUCCCACUACAACCACAGCUUCUCCCACUACCUGCCCCUACAAGUACAACAGCUAG